ACAUGCAGAAUGACAGAUGUAACAAAACAAAGAUAUAUAUAUAGACAGAGAGCGAGAGAGAGAAAUUGAAAUGAGAGAGCAAGAGAGAGGGGGGCGGGGAGACCCCAUUUGGGGCUCAGCAGAAUGACAGAGCGGAUAGAGAGGAGGUCUAGUACUAAAAGGUGCCUCCGCCACUGGGAACGGGUUUCAGUCCGUGUGUAUUGAUGUUUCCUCGCGCACGCUUCUCUCUCUACAUUCUUCAGCCUACGAGCGGCCACGCAACCUCAGCAGAGAGCGCGGAGAAGGCAGAGCCGUUUGUGAGGAAGCGCAACUUUACAGACCUUUCAGGACAUAAGAGUGGCUCCUAGGCGUCUACAUGCCCGAACCAGAAGAUCCGCGGCGGACUCCGCAAGGUGUCUCCUACGCCGACCUGAAGCACUUCGUCAACGCCGACGGACAGCACUUAUUCUGCCGCUACUGGGAGCCAGAGGACCCCCCAAGGGCUCUGGUGUUCGUGGCACAUGGGGCAGGAGAGCAUUCUGGGCCGUAUGAUGAGAUCGGCCAGACCCUGAAGGAGCAGUCCCUGCUCGUCUUUGCGCACGACCACGUUGGCCAUGGCCAGAGUGAAGGAGACCGGAUGAAUAUUAAGGACUUCCAGGUGUUUGUCAGAGACUCCCUCCAGCACAUUGAUCUGAUGAAGGGCCGACACCCCGACCUGCCUAUCUUCAUCAUCGGACACUCUAUGGGUGGAGCCAUCUCAAUUCUGACGGCGUGUGCACGACCGAGCGACUUUGCCGGCGUGGCUCUGAUCGCUCCUAUGGUCAGGAUGAACCCAGAGUCUGCCACGCCCUUCAAGGUGUUCCUGGUUAAAGUCGCAAAUCACAUUGUGCCCAGUCUCACUCUGGGCUUGAUUAAGUCUAAAUGGAUUUCACGGGACCAAACACAGGUGGAAGCAUAUGACACUGACGAGUUGAUCUAUCACGGUGGGGUACGUGUGUCAUUUGCCAUGCAGAUGAUAGGCGCGUCGGAGCGGAUCGAGAGAGUGAUCCCCGCCAUCACCUGGCCCUUCCUGCUUCUCCACGGCGACGUCGACAAGCUGUGUGACAUCGGAGGGUCCCAGAUGAUGUUUGACAAGGCCCAGAGCACGGACAAGAAGAUCAAGGUAUAUGACGGAGCAUACCAUGCCCUGCACCAUGAACUCCCAGAGACUGCAGCGUCAGUGCUCAAGGAAGUCACCGGCUGGAUCUCCGAGCGUCUCCCUGCGUCUCCUUCUCAGGGGUCCUAGUCUCCUCUUCCUCUGCACCCCCCCCAUCCCAACCAACCCUGCCCUCCAUGCUGUAUUACCACUGUAUGAACCUCAAACCUUUCUACAUUUGUACUGACCAUUUGAAAUACUAAUGCCAACUUGUCAGUAAUCUUUGGACCGCUAGGGCCAUUGUAGGGAAGUCCUGAUUUACCAGGCUCUACAUUAGGAACAACAGCUGUGCCCCAGAUGCCAGGCAGCAGGUCAUAGUACAUAUAUCAGCCAUGUCUCCCUGUACUGAGUUCAAAGAGAGCCAUGCUGAGAGCUGGGCCAAGCGCAAUUCACAGAGGCAUUUUUGUAAUUUGUAACCACGGUGAUCACCAGGCCGACAGAAACGUGUUGAAUUCCCCCCAUGCUGCGGCGCUCCCUUUUGUGUGUUGCCGUGGAGACAACUGGCCUUUGUUCUCCCCUCCAUAUCUCAGAUCUUCUGAUCAUAGAGUCAAACAUCUUGGACUUUUUUGAACGCCCCCAGACUGCUGCCCCCAAUGGUUAUUUGUCAGAACUGCAGGUUUUUGGUGGCUGCAGCCCAAGACCAGAAGCUGAAGCCCGUUACCAUGGCAGCAUCUCAGAAAAAAAAAGGUUGAAUCCAUUGGAGCGCCACUGUAAAACGAGGCAUGCUGUGACCCAUUAUACAGUAGAUGCAGUGUACAGACAAAGGCAUCACUUCGCUGCAGUUGACUCUGCAUUUAUGAAGCUGACAGGGCCUUAGGGUACCACCUGCAACAUCAACAUUUAUGGGUGUUCCCCAUAGUCUGCAUUGGACUAAUACAGAUUACAAUGUAUUGUUAUGAGUGGAAAGCCCACCUAUCUUGUUACAUUUAUGAUUGAUGCUUACUGGCCAAUCGGAUGAAAGCUCUCUUAUAUUGUUUGAGUGUCAGAUUGACUUGACAGAUGGCCCCGGCAUGGAACACAUAGUUAUCGUGCUGGAGCUAGUCCGUCUUUGUGUGGUUAACAAACUGUCAAUAAACAGCAGAAAGAGAGAA